AUAUUAGUUACCAUGGAAAUAUGAUAUAGUAAAAAUUAACUAAAACAAAUUCCAGUCAAAUACUAUUUCAAGUUCACGAUCUAAAUUCCAAGUACCAUGGCAGCAAGACGAGCCAGAGGAGCAGCAGCGGAGCCCCCGCCCCCUCCCCCACCGGAGCCAAUCCCUGAGCCAGAGCCAGAGAAAACAGAAGAACCUGCUGCAAAAGUCCUUGAGCCAGAGUCACGGGAAGGGUCUAUAAUAAAGGACGGAAAAGUGACUGAGAAAAUAAUAGAGAGGAUCAUCAUAUGUCCUGGAAUGCAGAACCCUUGUGGCAUGAUGGGAAUGAUGCCAUAUCCAGGGGGGUACAACCCCAUGAUGUACCAGGGGAGGCCGUCCACAGGGUCUACAGACUGUCCUGUCAGCCCUUGCCCGGAGACGCACUGCAGCAAGAAGAAGUCAAAGAAGAAGAGGAAGGGUGGAGACAAAGAGGAGCCAUGUAAACAUCCCUUCUGCAUUGUCCAACGAGCUAAAGCACGACCUCAGGGGCUUCCUUGGGCGUCUGGCCUAUACCCGGGUCCUCCGUCCUCAAACCAGUCCUCUACCCCUCAGCAGCAGCCAUCUGUAGUGGUGUAUCAGCGACCCGUCCUCUGCUGCUGUGACAAGUGCCGUCCUUCGGAGGACUCCGACUCAGAGGACGACGAGGAAGUCGACCCUCAACAGACCGACACUGAGACCUUUAUGACCUUCAUGAACCUUGUCUUCGCUGCUGCAAACGUCAUCAACGAAAGACCAGAGAUACUGUAAUUUUAAAAUAAAAGUUAAAAAUAUAAACAUACUACAUUCUAA